AUGACACUCAAUGCAGCAAAGCAGAAGGAGAACCAGCAUCCUACUUUGCCGUGGCUGUCGUGAAGAAAUCUGACAGCAAUAUCCAGUGGAACAAUCUGCAGGGCAAGAAGUCGUGCCACACCGCUGUCGGGAGGACUGCUGGCUGGAACAUCCCCAUGGGCUUGAUUCACAACAAGACGGGGAACUGCAAUUUCGAUGAAUACUUCAGCGAGGGCUGUGCUCCGGGGUCUCCUUCUAACUCCCGCCUCUGCAAGCUCUGCAAGGGCUCAGGGGGGGUCCCGCCGGAGAAGUGCGUCGCCAAUAGCCACGAGAAAUACUAUGGAUAUACUGGAGCUUUCCGGUGCCUGGUCGAGGAGGGGGACGUGGCCUUUAUUAAGCAUUCCAUCGUCGAGGAAAACACUGACGGCAAAAAUAAAGAAGACUGGGCCAAAAAUCUGAAAAUGGACCAGUUCGAGUUGCUGUGCACUGAUGGGCAACGGGCAAACAUCAUGGCUUACAGGGACUGCCACCUGGCCAAGGUUCCUACCCAUGCUGUGAUCACGCGUCCCGAGAAAGCAAAAAAAGUCCGUGAGCUGCUGGAGAGACAAGAGAAACUGUUUGGAACAAAAGGAAUCGAGAAGGACAGAUUCAAGAUGUUUGAGUCUCAAACCAAGGACCUUCUGUUUAAAGACUUGACCAAGUGUCUGGUCAAUCUCCGCGACGGAAUAACGUACAGGGAAUUCCUCGGAGAGCAAUACUAUGCUUCAGUUGCUAGCCUCAAUACCUGCAAUCCAUCAGAUCUCCUCCAGGUGUGCACCUUCCUUGAGGACAAGUAGCAAGAUGGGAAGGACCCUCGCUGGAGGGGGAGGAAACCUCAAGCCAUGACUCCUCUCGUGUCCUCAGCACCGAACACCGACCCGCAGAGGGCCCUCCACCUUCACUGCUUUCUCUGCCCUUCCUCCUCACUCUGAAAGUAGCUGUUUGAGACUUUACUCUGCUGCCAUCACAGCAAGAAAUAAAAUCUCAAAUCUAAAGA